ACAGUGCAAAAGACGAAAGGGUUAGUUGAUUGGUGUGUCAUGUCACGGUUUAAAGUGGAGAACAUGAGUUUGUUCUGAGUUUAGUUAGCUGUUCUAAGUAUUAUAUACCGUUACUUAUUUAUUUCCUUAGCUCAGCUUUUUAGAAUGAACUAUCAAGAAUCCCAUAUCGUCACUCCAGGACCAUACAGGGCUACGAAACUGUGGAAUGAAGUUACCAAACUUUUUCGAGCGGGAAUGCCCCUGAAAAAGCAUCGGCAGCACUUCAGGUUGUAUGGCAACUGUUUUACCGCAGCAGCAGCUGUGGACUGGUUACGUGACCUCCUCAGAAACAAUAGCAAUUUCGGCUCUGAGGUCACGAGGCAGCAGACUGUCCAGCUGCUGAAAAAGUUCCUAAAGAAUCACGUGAUUGAAGACGUGAAGGGCAGAUGGGGUUCGGAAGACCUGGAGGAUAACGGUCAACUUUACAGAUUUCCAUCCACAUCACCAUUGAAGCCAAUUCCCAGCUGCCCAUCACACGCAAGAAAGAAGAGUUUCCUACUGAAAGAAAAAGAGGGUCUUUUCAAAAUCAGGACAUCCAAGAAAUUUGACAAAGAAACACAAGAAAACGUGGAUCCUUUGAACCCAGAAAAGCCUGCCGAUUCUGCUCCAAAUGAUGUGGUCCAUCGUCGAGACUUGACUGAGGAAGACAUCCUUGAUGUCUGGAGAAAUAUAACACUGACACAUUUGCAGAAAACCUUGGGUUUGGUUUCACUUGAAGACGUGUUGGAUCCGGCUCAAGUUGACUCCCGGUACAUUGUGUAUAAUAUGACUAAUGUCAACAAACACGGCGUGGUGACUCUGGAAGAUAAAACAGGAGACCUACCACACUGGGUUUUGUCGGCUAUGAAAUGUUUGGCAAACUGGCCGAAGUAUGACUCGAAUCAGCCUUCAUACCCUGGAUUUGAGAGGGAUGUGUUUAAAACCGUUUCAGAUUACUUUCUUAGCCUUCCCCAGCCUCUGCUCACAUUUCAGUACUACGAGUUGUUUGUGAACAUUUUGGUUUUGUGCGGCUACAUCGUGGUUCCUAAAAGACAACGAGGAAAGCGUAAAAGUCAGGAGGUGCCCAACUGUCCUCAACCGCCAAAAACCCCUCACCUGAACAACGCGAACGCUUUCAAAUCUACGGAGUGCCUUUUGCUGAGCUUAAUACGGAAAGAGUCUUUUGAGGAAAGCGAGUCUCCGAUGAGGGAGGUGUUCAGUUCCAAGGCUCAGUCAGACCUUCUGGGGGCUGCUUGUGCCAAAACGAUCCAGCAGCCUGACCUGGUCCGCACCAGCGCCAAUGGCAGUAAGUUCAUGACCGGCAGCUGCCAGAACCUCUCCCAAACCACGGGUACUGGAGCCGGAUCAGUGAGGCUGAGGCCCAGGAGCUGUUCCCUGGAAGGCGUUAUCAAUGGCUCGACUCGUGCGCACCUUCCGGGCCUGCUCUUCCAGUCCUCAGAACACGCGAUUCCAGGCAGGAGCGCUUCACUCCAGCACAAAGCCAGCUCUCUGCUCAAUGUCCACCCCAAAGCCGAGCAGCAGGUUUUUGCCUCCAUGGCGAGCCUUUCCUGUAGCAGCAACACGAGCGGCGAUGACCCCGAGGUGUUUAGCGUCAACAGUGCUAGCAGCAGCAGUACACCGUCACCACAGCAAGUUCUGUUGGCCAAGAGACUUCAGGCGAGUCAGUCCAACGGCUUCGGGAACUGUGCCGGGGUUGGUGACCGGCGAGAGAUCUCCGCUAGCUGCUUUAGCAUUAAUGCUCCCGUGGCUGAAAUAACGGUGAAGCCAGAAGUGUCGUCCAGCGCUGGACUGAAAAGGCUCAGUGUGUUCAACCUGACUGGCAGCAGCGCAAAAGCCAGGGCCGGGCCAGGUGUGAGCAGGCGCUGCUAUAGCUCUGUGGACCUGUCCGACAAGCCUUCUACCUCUCCGCCCUCUGUGUCCUCUUAUGCACGCCAUCCAAGUCCUGACCAAAGUCUGCUGCAGCCGCAGCUGGAGCGGGUUGCGAUCGAGGCUCUCCAGCUGUGCACCCUGCUCCUGCCCCCCGCCAGUCGCCGCAAGCUGCAGCUGCUCAUGCGCAUGAUCUCGCGCAUGAGCCAGAACGUGGACAUGCCCCGCCUCCACGACGCCAUCGGAACGCGCACGCUGAUGGUGCACACCUUCUCUCGCUGCGUGUUGUGCUGUGAGGAGGAGGUGGAUCUGGAUGAGCUCCUUGCCACGAGGCUGGUCUCUUUUUUAAUGGAUCACCACCAGGACAUUCUGCAGGUCCCUGUCUAUCUGCAGAAUGCAGUCCAAGAUCACAUUGCCUACCUCAGGAAGGUACAGAUAACGUACCCCGGUUCCGGUGUCGGUGUCAGUGUCCCGACAUACUCAUUCUGCAGCCAGAUAAGCCCUCAGGAGUUUGAGGAGCAGAAGCUGUCCGUCUCGCAGGCUGCUAUCGCCGACCUCCUGGAAAGCCUCAUCAAGGACAAAAGCCUGUCUGUGAAGGACAAGAAGAAGAGGCUCAAGCAGUUUCAGAAGCAGUACCCUGACAUCUACGUCCGGAGGUUCCCGACCACGGAAAGCGAGGCUCAGCUUUUUGUGGACAAGCCAAAGAUAAAGCCGCCCAUGCUGAUAAGUAUGAAGAAAGCCAAAGCCUUUAGCAUUCGAAACUGAAGGUUCACAUUUUUACUGUGUGUUGUGGGUGUUUUUUUUUUUCUUUUUCCUAUGUUUCCAUGAAGACUUGGCAGCUAAAUGAAGACACUUUGUGAAGAAGCUGCCAGACUCUGAUUUUACAAAUCCAGCCUAAAACUAUUGUCUUAUUAAGUGGUGUAAGAUUUCUACGGUAUAUUUUUAUUCUCAGAUUAAAAUAUUUUAAAGCAGUUUAUUAAAUUUGUUUUUCUUUCUGAGUUUUUGUGUUUGCAUGUGUUGACGGUCUUAUUUCUUUUUUUCUGGGUGUAUGGUCACAUUUAAAAGGUCAUUGCUCAGGAUUUAUACAGAGGCAUGAGUACUGAAUCUUCUCAAGCCUGAAGCCUUCUCUGCAGGCUACUGCAUAAUAAGAACGUAUGACCCCAUCUCAGCUUGGUGCAUUUUUAGAGAUAAUUCCGUCUUGAAUAUGUUUACACUUUGUCUUCAGCGCAGACCACAUUAUUUCUUAUAAUGGUUUGAUUUCUUUGUUUAAUGACACAAAAUCAUUGGCAUGCGAUUCCAGAACUUUUAGGAUUAAAUUGUUUUAAAGCUCCAGUUGACAUCCCUGAAUUUAAUGCAAUAUAAACAAGUUCCUCCCAGAUGUCUUUAAUAUUUGUGUCUUUGAGAAUUUACUGGUUUCCUUUUCGAUGUUUCACCAAAGCAUGGGUUCUCUUGUGCUUGUAUUUUGUUAGUUCCUGUCAGCUGUGGUGUAGGAAUUGUAUGUUAUGUUUUUGCAGUUGAUGUUUCUUUUAUGUAAAUUGCUAUAUAUUGCACUUUCCUGUAAUUAUUAGAGCUAUGAUGCAUGCAAUGCAGUUUGUGAGCAUGUGCAAUUAAAUGAAUUGUGUACUGCCACAGCCACUGCUUUUGGUAUUGCAUUUCAAAUAAUGUCAGAGGAAUACAGUGAGGGAAAAUUGCACUAUUUUAAUAAAAUAAAUAAUGACAUUUUCCUCAUUUAAAUAAACAUCUCCAUUGUUUACAUAUGUUGUCAUGACAAAACCGUACACAUUGGGAUUGCUGAAGUAAAGUUUUCUGCAUUUAAACAA